AAGAAAAUGAUCAAACUUUCGAUUUGGCUUAAGGAUCAUCUUCACAAUAAUAUCAAGAAUGACCUCAAUUCGACGCUUGAUGCCUUAUUGAAAUUAAGCCCCCCUUUCAGGAAAAAUACCAGCAUGAAAGAACAAAAAAAAGCGUUAAAAUCGUCUAUUCACGUGUUCUUCAAGAAUAGCGAAGAAAAUGUGACAAAAUAUGGGUCCUUAUACACGUGG